AGUAGUUAGCACGACGGAUACAUUUUUCUCAAAAUACUCUGCUUUUCAGUCAAGCGUGACAUCGUAUCGUGGCUUGCGGCUGAUCAAACUUGCAGCGCCGCAGUGAGCUGUUUGCGGACACGCUGACCGCAGUGGCUCGACGCUGCGUCUGGCUGUCUGCACACGUCGUGACUUGUGACCCAGUUUGAUUUGUUUUCCCAGAUGUUCCUGAGUGGCACGAAACAUCAGGAGUCUGAGAACAAACCAGACAGGGUGACAUAAUUAAGAGACACUCGACUGAAAGAAGAGAUCAGAUUAACCCACAUCAUAGACGGAGAAUGUGUGACAUGACCUUACAGCUGGACGAGGAGGAGAUGAAAGUGGACAUCUCUUCUGAGCCACUCCCGGAGCCACUACUUAUAAUCCUAUCCCCACCUCCACCUUUCCUACCCGUUCCUGGUGAGCCAACCAUGCUUUGGUCAAAAUGGCUCAAAGCUUUUGAACAAUACAUCCAAGCACUGGGUGAGAAAGAGCUGGCAGACUCCAGUAAGCUGGUGCUCUUACAGAAUUGUCUCGGCCCAGAGGGGGAGCGCAUCUUCACGACUCUGAUCCAGAAUGAAACCACGUACGCAGCGGCCAUUCCAACGCUGACGUUUCACUUCACCUCUGAUCACAACUCUCAGGUACACCGCCUUAAGUUUCAUCAAAGGGCACAAAUGCCUGGAGAGACUUUAGAUCAGUUUGUCUCAGCAUUGGAGGAUCUUUUGAGGCCUUGCAACUGUGAAAACUUUAAGGAUGCAUUUAUCCUGGAUCAGCUGAUUGAGAAAACAAACUACCCCCAGCUCAGAGAGAGGUUGCUUCAGAAGAGGGCUACUGUUACCUUAGCAACAGCGUUAGCUGUCGGUAGAGAGAUGGAAUCAGCUUUAACUGAACCUCCACAGUUUGGUUUUCAUGAGGUCAGUGUGGACAUAGGAGAUGAUGUAGACCCCCCUGUCCAAAAAAAGACCAAAAGAGGAAGGCCUCGCAAAGGAGAGCAAAGGACCAAAACAAAGCCAAGGGUGACUAAAACACCAACAAAAUCAUCAAGACUUAAAAAUGAGUACUACUACAGCACUGAUAGGCUAUAUUCCUAUGAUGGUGAAGCUAAAUCUCAGGGUGCUGAUGAGCCUAAUUUGGGUUGUGAUAAAGUGGAUAAUGGCAAUGGAGCCUCCUUGUCAUCGUCAAGGAUGGAAGAGGAAGUCAGCAACAAAGCCAGUGAUGAUGCCGAAGAAGACGAUGAUGACGAUGAAGACUUUGUCCUUUCUUCAACUAAACGAAAGACCGCCACCUGCCCCAUAUGUAUCAACAGGCACUUCAGAGAUGCACACAAGCUCGCCAGACACAUGAGGACACACACAAAAGAGAAACCAUUCACCUGCCCACUGUGCAAUAUGACAUUCAGUCAGUCGUAUCACAUGACCCGACACAUGAGGAACCAGCAUGGGGCGGGUCAGCACAUCUGCCCCACCUGCGGGGAGAACCUGGAAAGCUUUGCAGAAUUGCAAAGACACAAAAAGACGCAUAAGUCACAAGUUCUGUCCUGUCCAGAUUGUAAUGAAAAAUUCACCAGCAGCGAUGAAUUGUCUAGUCACGUCGAGUCGCAUCGUGAAGACCAAUCUUCGCAAAGAGAGGGCCAAAGUUCUGAGCACGACAACAGGAUUGAAGUGAAAACUGAAGAAAUAACAGAUGACUCCGACUCUAACACUGAUACCGAUUUUAACGAUAAAGCAUCCAAACCACAGGUCUUUAAAGAAGACAACUCUGAAGCUGCAUCUCAGAACGAUGGAUGCACCAGGAAGGACAAGAACACCUCAGAUAAUAAAAAAAAAGGCCAUUUUUGUCCAGUCUGUGUGGACAGACGCUUCAGAGGGCCAAACAAACUGGCCAGGCACAUGAGAACACACACCAAGGAGAAACCAUUCACCUGUCCAGUCUGCCAUAUGAUGUUCAGUCAGUCCUACCACAUGACACGACACGUGAGGAACCAGCACAGUCUUGGACAGUAUAUCUGCUCCAAAUGUGGGAAAAGUUUUAGCACCUGGCUGGAAAUGAAAGCGCAUAAAAGGACUCAUGCUAUUGAAGGUCUGACUUGUCUUGCAUGUGAUAAGCAGUUCAAAGAGAAAUCUGCACUUGCGAAGCAUCUUAAAUUACACAGGAAGGUUGAGGCCAGACCUCGAAGCCUUAGUUGCAGCGAUUGCGGCAAAGUUUUUGGUCGCAUGUAUCAUUUAAAAAGACACAUAAUGACCCAUCGUAAAGGAGAGCAGGCUGAGUGUUACACAUGCCCUGAUUGCCAGAAGAACUUUGCCUUCCCAGAAGACCUCAACAAGCAUCUGGAGAUUCAUGUAAAAGAGAACAGCGGCACUUGUCCAAAAUGUAAUGAAAACUUUAGCAGUCCAGAAGAACUGGAGACUCACAUGGUGAUUCAUCAGAAGUCUUAUGCCUGCAACACCUGUGGCAAGAAAUUUAAAGUUGAGUAUGCGCUGAAGAAGCAUGAGCUAAUUCACCAAAAUGACGAAUAUUACUGUUCAAUGUGCCGCAAACACUUCUUUAAGCUCUCACACUAUAAAAGGCACAUAAUGGUCCAUGAUAGACGAGAAUCUAGAUGUCCACACUGUGACAGUGUCUUCCUGAAGUUAACUGCUUUAAAAUAUCACCUACGGACUCAUACUGAAGAGAGGCCGUACCAGUGCAGCUGUUGUAUUGAAACCUUUGAGGAGAAGGAAGAACUAGAGCAGCACUGCCUCAAACACAGGAAGUUCAAGAAGGAGAAGCCUUACUCGUGCACUCGCUGCGACUAUGCUUUCUCCACUUUGGUGGAACUGACGGACCACAUGAGCUCACACGAAGGCGAGCAGCCGCAAACCUGCCCUGUCUGCGGCAGAACUUUCCUUAACAAAAACAAGCUGGAGAGGCACCUGACCAUUCACACCGGGGAGAGACCCCACCUCUGCUCUGUCUGCGGCAACGGCUUCCCCUCUGCCGCCAGCCUGAGGCUGCACGUCCACAUCCACACCGGGGAGAAACCCUACCGGUGCUUGCAGUGCAGUAAGAGUUUCAGCUCGUCCAGCGGGCUGCGCCUGCACAGCAGACAGCACAUGGAUGAGCGACCCAGCUUCAAGUGCCCCCAGUGCGGCAGGACAUACGGUCGUAUGACUGAGCUGAAGAUGCACCAGCGCUACCACACGGGAGAUAAACCGUACGCAUGCACUUGCUGCAGCAAACGCUUCAUUAGCAAAGACAAGCUGAACGUUCAUAUGAGGACGCACACAGGCGAGAGGCCGUACUCCUGCCCCCACUGUGGACAGACGUUUACACAGACCGGAGACAGAAACAGACACAUGAGUAAAUACCACCCCUUACUGAAGUAACAUAGCUACACCAACGCUUUAGUUGUUUCUGUUGAUCACACCAGUGGUUCUGCGCAUUUGUUGGAGUAAAAAACAUCAAAAAUCUUUUCAGAUUUUUCAUAUCUUUUAAAGAACAGAAAAAUACAAAAAUGAAAUGCCGUACGUUACAUGUCCACAAGGACAUUUUUGAGCGUGAAGCUUGAUGGGUGUACCACAAGGAGUGUAAUGGUAGAUGGAUUAGAGUUGUUCUGCCUCACUUUAAACAGGAAACCUGCAGUCUGCACCCACCGAGGUAGAUGCUUACCUGGUGUGCUGUCAUUGAGGGAACAGUUAAGAAAUAGUUUUAUAAAAACAUUUGAGGUGAGAAAAGAGCCAUUCAGUUUCUUUUUUUUUUUCUUAGACUGUUAUCAGUUGGUGUGUCUAAGUUUGGUUUAAAGUUUUUUUUCUUUUGUUUUUUGUUAUUUUUAAGCAGCUGCAGGUUUGCUUUGAACUGCUGGGAUUUGCAUAAUCUAAAUAUGGACUUAAUGCUAAUGAAAAGCAGCCAUUUGUCUCUACAAACUCAACACAAUGAUACUAGAAUGCCUUGCAUGACUUUGCCAUACACUAAGGCUCCUGUGAGCGAUAGAUUAUUGUGAAUUAUUAGAUAUUUUGAUUAAAAUAUGUAUAUAUGUUUUGUUAAGUUUUCAAAGCAACACCUGACAAAAAUUAAACUGGCAAGAAAUAAAAAAAUUACUUUCCAUAAAAAAAAAUCAAAUCAGUUUUAAUGUUCAAACACAGUAUUAUUGAAGCUUUGCAACUUAUGAUUAAAAUUCCUACUUUUGUUUAAAACUAAUCAUACAAAUUUUUGUGAUUGUUCUCUUUACUUGCUGCAACAGAUAUAUUUCAGUGCUUUAUUAGAUUGUAAAAUGGUCUCUGAGUUAGAAAUUUCUCAGCCAAAUAUAAGUAAAUUUUUUUCAACUGCACAAACAUGCAAGAAUUCAUUUGCAGAGGUGUGGACUUCUAGGGGGAUCUGAUAUUUAAGUCAUCCAGCUCUUUAUCUCGGUGCAGCAAAUGACCAAAUUUAAUGUUCUUUUUUUAUGUUUUUGAUUUCACAAAGAGCUUGUGGGUAAUUGUUUUUGCUGGUACUUUACUUGAUGUAAAACAUGCAGGACCUCUACAUUGGUGACCAUUAAGGCAUCCUUGCACAAACUGAGCAUUCAUUAUUUUCAGACAAUUUUUUUCUGCUUUUAUCUUUAUACAUUAACUGGAGAGGUUUCAUUGUUAUACACUACUGUACAAAAGCUGUGCAUGCUGGUAUAAUUGGUGCAGCUCAUGUAGCUUGUGUUUUAUCAUAAAGCAUUUAUGUCAGACUGCCUACUCAUAAUGGUCCGGCAUGUCAGUCUUUGGCCUUUAAACACAGAUCACAGAUCGGUGGACUGGAUAAAAAUGACUUAAGAUACGAAUGAUUACAAUUUAGUAUUUCUGUUUUUGCUUUGCCUGCUACCAAUGUCUUAUACUUUAUUUUUUUCCACACUACUUUGACACUUUUUUUAUAUUGUUGGGUUCCCUGUAUGCGUGUUUUGUGACUGUGCUUUAAAAAGUAAAACUAAUUCACUACCUGUACAUCUGUACAUAUGUGGAGUUAAUGAAAGAGCACAUGAGACUUGGUGGGAUUUUAAUUGAAAUAAUUGAAUGGGCUAUAUAUAUAUAGAUAUAUAUAUAGAUAUAUAUAUAUAGAUAUAGAUAUCUCAAACAGCAUUAUAAGUAGUCUGAUCAGCAUUACUGGUAUUGAUGAGAAGUCAUAAUUUCCAUUCUUGAUUAAAUCCUAAUACAAUACAACAGAUGUGUACUUUUAUUAAAGGAUCAAUGGCAAAAA